CAACUAAACGCACCGACAAUCAGUUCGAUUUCUAUUGUCUUAACAGACUUAGCAGUCCCUCCCAACCGUAGGAUCCAAAACGACAUACAGCCCAAUCUUCAGUCGUUUCGUUUCAUCUUUAACAGCCGCAAAGUUCUGGUCAAAACUCAAAAUAACUAAAAAAAGCAGGCAAGUCUACAGAAAAGUUUUUAUUCAAGAUAAUUUUGUGAGUGCUUGUAUUAGAAAAAUAGCUUUCGAAUCCAUUGGCACCAUGCUAUGAAUCUUGGCUUCCAGUGGGGAAUUUGGCAUUCAAUAACAUCACCUUGAGUGUGCUGGAAUGCUAGAUUUUGAAAAGGGCAAGCCAUGGAAGAUCCUUAUUCUGUCAGUAGUCCCAGAAGAAUUCUCAGUCUGUCAAAGAAGAGAAGGGCAACUGUCUCCUUUUUGGAUGCAGAUGAGAGGACUUCUGGGUUUGGAGUGUCUGGAGAGCAUGGUCCCAAGCCAUCAGAAGUCUAUGGGUUUGUUGGUUCCAUAACAACUGUCAUCACUACAGUUAUUUUCUUGGUAUGGGCAUAUGUUCCAGAGGAUUGGCUACAUUCCAUUGGAAUUUCCUACUAUCCCAGCAGGCAUUGGGCAUUGACAGUGCCAGCUUAUUUUAUGGCGACUGUAGUAUUAGCAUUGGGAUUUUACAUUGGCCUUAACUUCAUGUCGACUCCUUCCCCAACUUCCUUAAACAUAAUUUUUGAUGAAUUCAGUAGAGAACCAUUGAGCUCUGUUCCUUCAGUGGAUGGUGAUGAGCAGCCCAUUGAGUCCAUAUCCGAUAUUGGCAUCAAUAAAAUUAAUUAUCUCAUGUUUAAUAAUGUAAAUUGACAAUCCGCAUUAAGGUAUGACUGUCCUGCACCUACAUUACAUAAUGUUAUUGAAUAGAAUAGAUUGCCAUGAGACUUGACUUGUAACUCAACUAGUUAGCACCUCCGGGUGUUUUCACUGAAACAUCCAGGGUUCAAAUCCCCUCUCCCGUUGUAAUAUUGAAUUAUUAAAAAAAAAAAUAUUGAAUAGCAUAGAUUAUUGUGAUUUUA